AUGCUGCGUCUUUGUAGGGUGUGGCUGCGGGUGCAGUCGCACCAAAAGAAGAAGUCGCAACAUCCCAACGCGGGCACACGGUUUGGCCGUGUGUAUAACCGUGGCUUCAUUCGCUACGGUUUUGGAGGCUUCGGCAUGAGUGUUUAUACACCAAAGAAGGAUCGCACCUUUCGUGUUCAGCCGCUACCACCUCCACCCGGAGACGUCUUUGCAGACGAUAUGUCGCUGGUGCCUACGACGCGAACGCUGUCCCCUAACUUUCGUGCCUUUGCGCUGCAAGACGGCGGGGUGUUUUUUUCUCACCCAUCCCAUGAUCAGAUUAUGCGAUGGGGUCAGGGUGUGCUGACGGAGGAGACGAAGGCCACGGGGAUGACGUCUAUGGACAACUAUGUCAACUCCCGUAUUCAGUCUAUCAUAGCAGAGAAUACAGUGGAAAAUGUUGCGCUAAGUCAUUGGCGUCGACGGCACAUGUGGAAUCUUAUCAAGUCGCACGGGAAGCUGCAACGGCGAUGGGGCGUCUCAGAUGAAUCGAAGGGUGCACGGUCAAACAUUUACGGACGUUCCUAA